ACCCCGCGGCCCCGCUGAACGAAACCCUCCCACCGCGUAGCGCCGCCCGCCUCUUCCCCUGCCCCUUCCGCUCGCUGUACGGCAGCGGGGAGCGGGCGGCCCGCGGAAGCUCCGCCUGGGCCACGACGCGGGGAGCUUCGGUUAGGAUUUUACUAUGGCAGUGCAGUUCCUGCGGAAAGCAUCCGUGUGGUUAAAGAAGCGCAAGAUCACUUUGUUGGCUGUUUCUUGCAUGGGACUGUUUGGCGCUAACCUUUCUUAUCAUGUGUUUCCUGAGCAAACAUUCAAACUGUUGCAUGAGUGCUGGUCAGAGGGGCAGCCAGCUGAGCUUUCACAAAGGCUCUGUGGAGUCUUUCAGGAUGUCCUUCAAGAUAUCAAUGUGAAGUCCAAGGACUCCUUUCAAGCCUUUGCAGCUUCUGGCUUUCAUUCUGUGAGUGCUGGAAUCCCCUGGCUCCCUGCAGGGUCUUUGGUGGGCAUCCCACCUAACUUUGAUAGCACAGCUGAGAAUAAAAAAGGAAUAGUCGAUCAUGUUGUAGUGAUCGAUGGCAAGGAAGUAGACUGGGAGAGCAAGGAAGGUGUUGCUCUGAAGGAAGCUCUGACAUUUUCACUUGAAGCUCAGAAGUUUGCCAUUGCCAGAGAAGUUGUGUAUUUGCAGAAUGGCAGCCCCUUAGCGAGUGCAUUUGUGGCUCCAACUUGCUUAGCUGGCACAUUUCUCUGUGGGAAAAGUGUAAAGCUACUUCUGGGCUUAUCUUCUGGCCCCUUGAUACUUCGCAGCAUCUGUAAUCUCAUAACUGCUGCUGGUGGACUGAUGUUCUAUUAUAUUUCUUACGACGCGAUGACCUAUCAUCUGGACUGCAAGGCUGACAGAAAGGCAGCCACUAUUUCCAAAGACUAUGCCAGAGGGGGGGUUGAAUUUUAUGAUAAAAUCUUGUCCCGCAACAGGAUUCUUCGAGGCCUGAUGGGCAAACAAGGCACAAAAAUAUAUGCCCCGAGUGGUAACCUUUUCCCAAGGCAUUUGUUCAGAAUAAAGUAUACCCCAUACACUUACCGAAGACAGUUGAUUGUUAAUAUUUUAAGAGAGUUCCAGGCAUCGGAAGGGAGUGCUUGAAUUUUAAGCUUGUGAAUUAUAUAUUCUCUUGGAACAUUGCUGUGCUGCUGCCUUUUUUUCUUCUGCAUUAGAAUUUCGGAGUUUAUUUUUGCAUGUACUUGGGAAGGAGUUACUGCACAUUCUGUGAAUAAAGAAUUCCUUAAAAUAUUAAAGACUUACUUCAAAAGUG